AUGUCGACUACUUUUGUGUUGAAUCCUGCUAUUUUGCAAGUUAAUGUCUUGCUGGAAAAGGUGUGCUCAGGACUCUCAAGCCCCAAUACAAUUUCCUUGCAGAAUAGCGCCAAUGAAAACGCUAGUGUCGAAAGUCAUGAUUUCGAUGCUACGAGUCUGGGAUCCUCCGAGUCUUCAGGUCUCUGCGCAUCAACAAGCCCAAGUCUGACCUUUCAGACUUCUCCAUCUACAUCUUUUGAUACAAUCGGUGGAAAUCAUGUCUUCCAAAGAAAGCAAACUCAACGAGGCCAGUUCUCUAAUGUGCUGGAAUUCUUACAAGAAGAUUACUUGCGAUUCUUGGAGCCAUGCCCCGUUGGGCCGCCUUCUUACGAAACUCUUCCACCAGGAGGCUGUCCAAGAUUUCCAAUUAUGGAUAUCAAUCUAGGGAGUGAAUCUCUUCCAUCAUAUUCACCUUCUGCGUACAAGCUCGGUGUUGUCUACCGAAAGCUUGAGUGGCUCUCGCCGUACGAGCCAUCUCCCGUUAGAUCUUGGAAAAUGUUUGUUAUUGAGUUGAAUUCCACUCAGCUUAAUUUCUACAGUAUUCCAAGUCGAUUAGAGAGCACUCUACUUGCUUUUGAAAACAAUCAAUCAGAUGAGCCAAACGCAGGACAAGUCAAUAUGGAUUCGAUCCAAAAAUCAUUCAAAUCACUUGUAACCUCUCAAAAGGAUUUAAAGUUUCAGCAACUUUGCGAUGAUCUUGACUUUUUGAAGAAUAAGGAUGCUGAUGAUACUGAUGAUGAUGGUUACACCUCGUCAGCUAGUCUUCUAAGUAGCAAGACUACUAGGGGAGAUAAGAAUAGACGGUUGCUGAGAUCAUAUUCCUUGCAGCAUGCACGUAUCGGAUUAGCAAGUGAUUACACGAAGAAAUCGAACGUGUUGAGAUUAAGAUUGGAAAAUGAGCAAUUCUUGUUGAACUUUUCGUGUGCCCAAGAUGUUAUAGAUUGGAAUAUGGGGUUAUGCGUUGGUCGUGAUGUUGCGAUGGAUCUUGUUCAACGUGAAGUUCCAAGAUACAGAACAGUCCCUAGACGCAGACGAACACAAGUCACGGGAUCAACUAUCUUUUACCACGAAGCAGUAGCAAGAAGGAACAGGGCUCAUUCGGAUACCCUGUUCGAAGUUAACUCCGGGCUCAGAAGUAAAUUUUCCAAGCUCAGAACUAAGUUGAGCUCCCUGAGCCUCACCCACUUGAAGGGAAUUAACAGCCAAGGCCAAAAAUCAGUACAACAACAACAGAUGAAGCAAGUGAGGCAGUUCAGACAAGCUGUCAGAGCUUCGAUGCCUGAAACUUUUGCACCAGUUGGAAGCAUGUCAUCUAUGUCUUUACAGCGGGAACUGAAUAGACAAGGACCUGGAUUGCCAGCUACUGGGGCAUCAUUUUCUAUUGCUGGGGCUGAAGAGGAUGAAGAUGUGCAAUACAAUACACUUGCUCCCCAUCUUAGUCAAACAGAGAAUUCCUACGAAGAAGGAGACGAAGACGUUCAUAAUUUAAGCGAUCUUCACAGGUCAGAUGAUGAAGAGGACUUUGAUGUGGAUGCCGAUGAAUUUGCUGAAUUAGCGUACAAUGGUCGUUCUCGAAGAACAACAAGCAUAAACGGGGGACAAAUAGGUAGGGGUGAUCAUAAAUGGAAUCCUUUGCAUAAGCCAGAGAGCAACAGAAGAUUCAUCAGGAAUUGUCUCAAAUGCAUCAAGCCAUUGACAUUUGAUGAACCGUGGGUGAACAAAUUGCUUAUGAAACCAUGUCUUAUAACAUCUUUGAGUCAAGUUUACCUUAAGAGCCAAUAUAAUGGACUCAUGACUGAAGAUUUCAGCACAACAUCAUUAGCUAGUAUGACAGGCGGUUCUGCUUCUGACUUGUCAAGUCUCAGAGAAUACAGUUCACAUCUGAGAAAGCCCCCAUCUCUCAAAGAAAGUUUUCUCAAUCCUGAUGUGCUGCUCACUAAGGUUUCGAAUCAUAACUUGAGAGAGUUUGUGGUGGGUUGUCAUUCUUUGAUUCCUACAGAAUUAUAA